AAUGAAAUAAAUUGUGAAAGAAUUAUCAAUGUUCAUUGAAAAGGAUGGAUAAAGAUUCAUCAAAGAAGGAAAAGCUCUUAUACAAACAAAGAGGGUCGAAAUAAAAGAAGGCAAAUAGAUUGAAGAAGAAGUAUUCUACAAUCCUGCACAAAUAAUUAAUCGUGAUUUGACAGUAUUGACAAUUGAUACUUUUUCAGAAAAUCGUUAACCAAUAACAAUUUUAGAUGCAUUGUCUGCUUCCGGAUUAAGAAGUGUUAGAUUUGCAUAAGAAAUAUAAAAUAUUAAAGAAAUCUAUGCAAAUGAUCUUUCAUUAGCUAGUUUAGCAUUAAUAGAAGAAAAUAUCAAACUGAAUGAAAUAAGCAAUGUGAAAAUAUAUAAUAUGGAUGCAAAUAAAUUAAUGAAGGAGGACAUCAAAUUUGAUGUAAUAGACUUAGAUCCCUAUGGGACAGUUUGUCCAUUUUUAGAUUCAGCGAUUCAUGCCUGUGAUGAUUCAUUAUUAUGUAUCACCUGUACUGAUAGCCGAGUAUUAUGUGGUCCUGAUACAUAAAAGUGUUUUGCUGUAUGAUUUAUGAUUAUUUAUUAGUAAUAUGGUACAGCAAGAACUAAAAUGAAUUGUUUUGCUGAGAAUGGAUUAAGAACUUUAUUAUAUACAAUUAGUCAAGCAGCAGGUAGAUUAGGUAAAGCAAUUAAGCCAUUGAUAUCUUUUUAUGGUGAGUUUUAUCUAAGAGUUUUUGUUCAUGUAAUCAAGGAUAAAGUGGAGACUCAUAAAUUAUUUUCUCAGAUUGGUAAUUUAUUUUUCUGUUAGUCUUGUUAAUCAUUUCAUGUUUAUCCAUAUGGCCAAAAGGAAGAAAAAAGUUACAAAAUCAAUAAAAAACCCAUCCCAUCCAAAUGUGAGGUUUGCGGGUCUUUAUUUAAGAUUAAUGGCCCAGUAUGGAUAGAUGAAAUAAAUAAUAUUGAAUUUGUUAAGAAAAUGUUAACCAAUCUAGAAACAAAGCAUACUCAUUUCUAAACCUUUGAUUAGAUAAUAGGUAAAUUAACAGGAAUUAUUAAUUAACAUGAAGUUUCCUCUAAUCCUUAUACUUAUAAUAUGACUUAUUUGGCAUCUAAUUUGAAAUGCUCUAAUAUCAGUAAAAAAGAAAUAUUGUAAAUUGUAUUAAAUAUAUUAGUGCCGGAUUUCAAUCUUUAGGUUAUAAAAUUGCCUAAUGUUAUCUUUAAGUAGACCUUUAUAAGACUAACGCACCUAAUUAAGCAAUCUAUGAUAUAAUAAAAACUUGGGUAUUAUUUAGAUUAUUAAAUUAAUAGAAAAAAAUUAAAUACAGUGACAAUUAUCUUAAGAAUAUAUAAGAAAAUACUCCUGCCUAUACAAUUUUGACUUCUGAAAUACAAUAUAAACCAGACUUCACAUUUAAGCCUACUUUCAACUCUGCCAAAAUGUUUUACCCUAAUUUGGAAGGCUUUGGACCUAAAUCAAAAGCUAUUCAGAGGUAAUAUUGCUACUAUUAAUAUUUAGAAAAAUAAUUGAAUUGGAAGGAGAAUAGGCAAUUAAAAAACAAAAAAUUGAUUGA